GUUUACAUGCCAUCAGCAGAGCAAUCCGCUUUUAUCGCACGAUUGGCACGCGUUGCGGCGUGUUUAGGUUUGGCUUUUCAUUGUAUCGGAAUUCUGAUAAGUAGUGAAAUAGUUGUGAGUACGUAAAAUGCAAUAUAAUUUUCUAUUGCUAGCGCUCAGUGCGCUGACAUUAUCGGCCGCAGCAACAAAACUAAAUUAUCCCCGUGUUUUGCUGCCGAUUUUCGAUCACAUUUCGGUGAACUUCACGCUGGACGUUGUGGAAAAGGGCUGCUUCAAAUGGACAUCAUCUCGGUUGGACUUGAUACAAAUAACACCGGUUUACGAUGACUCGAAUGAUGAUUGCUCGUAUCGUGUACUUGUAACGGUUAUAAACAAGGAAAAGCGACGGAAUACGGCCAUAGUUCUGGCGGAAGAUCUAGUGACCGGAGAAGUGCUGCGCUGUGACGUGAUAUUGGAUGUCAUCGAUCAGCUCGGUGUGUUGACAACGACACGCGAGCUGUAUUUGGAAGAGGCACCGGAAACGUUCGAACUGUGGGCUCUGGAUGCUCAAGGAAAUGCUUUUACCACGCUGGAAGGAAUCGAAUUCAACUGGCAAGUGGCUUCCCAUCGUGCCGUUGAUGUACGCCAGGGUGAACCGGACAGUGCUUGGAGUCAGGUUUUAAGAUUUCUAACGUUCUCGGAAAGUAAAUUCCAUGUCGUUCCAAAAGCGGUAGAAAAGUUGGAACAGGCUGGUGGCCAAGGGUACAUGGUGCUGCUGGAAGGUAUCAACACCGGUUCGGCACGGGUGACGGCUAAGUUACCGUACGCGGAGUACAACCACGUGCCACCGGUUGAGGUGAAUAUCAUGGUUUUGGCAAAUCUAAUCCUGGAUCCCAGCGAUGUCUAUAUCAUGACGGGGGACACCGUUAGCUUCAAGGUGCUGCAACUGAAGCAGGGAAAGCUGCACGAAAUAUCGUUGAAUAAUCAGUAUUACUUGGAAAUGGAAGAUACCGGGUUGGCUAGUAUCAAGGGCAACGAAGCGAAGGGUCUAAAGCUGGGAAGAACUUUUGUUCUUCUACGUGAUCGUAAUGUUCCGCACGAUCUUUCCGCCGACGACCAAUCGUCCAAGGCACUGCUUCCAAGGGCUUCCAUAACAGUGGCGGAACCGAAGCGACUGACGAUCAAUUUGCUACCGCACUACAAUUGGGUUACGGUUGAAGGUGAAAGUCACGAUAUUGCUUUGGAUUUGUUUACCGCGGACGAUCAUCAGCUCACGCUAGGUUCAAAAUACGUGAUUAAGUCCAGCGUUGACGAAACACUGUUUUAUCCAAUUCGACGAACUAAUAACGGCAGUCGAAUCACUGGAGAGGCAGUCCGAAGCGGUAGCUGCCCGGUUAGUGGACAGUUUGAUAAGCUAGCGGCCAAGUCCGAAUUAAUAGUAUACAAGCGACUGGCAAUUAACCCAACCGAAGUGGUCAUUCCGUACGAUCCGGCAGUUCGCCGUCAAAAGAUUCAAUUUGCGGCCUCCGGUGGCGAUGGGUCGUAUCUGUGGACUAGUUUGGAUAAUUCGUUGUUGUCGGUUAGUCAAACCGGUCUAGCCGAAACUCGUCUGGAUAACGUCAAGGGAGGGAUGGUGUCGUUCGGUGAUGGUGAAACAGCUGGCAAUACGAAGGUAACGCAGGUACGAGUGGCACUGGCACGGAAUAACAAAAUUUCGGUCGCCGCGCAAGUUCUGUUCCUGCCACCAAUCAAACUUGAAGUCGUUCGGUACAACUUUGAAACCGUAGUCAAAGAUUACGUUCAGGUUCAUGUCGCACUUUGGGCCAAACACGACAAUGUUCGAAAGGCGUUUACUUCCUGUGACAGUUUGAACUUUGAGCUGGAAUUCAGUAAUCAAAUAUUUCUGCUUGAUGCCACCAAAAAGAAUCCGAAAGAUGUCCUCGCCGAGAACGCAUGUCGGAUACUGUAUCUGAAGGCAACUGCAGUGGGACGGACCAAUUUGAAGGUAACCUACCGGUUUUUCGAUAAGGUCCUAAGCGAUCAGAUCAGUUUGAAUGUGUUUGAAGAAUUGUCGAUUUUGAAUCCUAUCGAAAAUGAAGUCGUUUUGCCGAUUGGUGCCACGCGUAAUUUGUUCUACCAAAACGGACCGGAGAGGAUCUACAAUUCUGAGGCCGAGCUACAGAAACGAGUGGCUUUCGAUCGGCAAAAUCUAGAAGUCGUCAACGUCGGCAGUGGCUUUUCACAGGAUAAACACAUUCUGAGAGUUCUCUGCAGAAAGAUUGGCGAUUACGAGUUGAGACUGGAGGUUUUCAAUACUCUGAACGCGGCCAAUGUGAUCCCGUAUGUGACUGAAUUCGUGACCAAGGUGUACUGCGUUAAACCUCGUUUCGUAAAUCUGUUCACAACGGAAAAAGUCAAAACCAGCUGCCCGCUGGAAAAGCGCAACUCGAUGAUGCACGUGAAAUCCGACAACGAUCAGUUGCUGGUCGAUAUCGAAGUUCUAGACGUGCACAAUCGCAAGCUAGCGAACAUUUCGUCACUGCUGCUGGAGUGGCAGUUUACCCUGGCAGAUCGGGACUACGUGACGGAUCAAAUUUCCUACGAGCAGAAAACCGAAACCGAUUCGUUCGAAGGUUUGGAAAUCCCCAAACGAGAUUUCCUACUGACAACACUUCCCGAAGUGACAGCUAAUUUCAAAAUCAAAACCACCGUCACUCAAUACCGUGCCGAGAUUCUGAAGCAACACUCAAUCAAACCGGAAGUGCCUCACUUCGGGGUGCAGAAAUUGGCGGACGGUCCUUUGGUCACACCGGUGAUUGAAAAUGAACUGAACUUUUUGUCGGUCAACAAAACGCUGCUACCAUAUGAGCAGAUCACCUUAUUCCUGUCCCGCAGUAAUGUAAAGCGUAUUAAAAUUGCCCACGGAAGUGGUUUCUACGAUAUCAAAGCAUCGGACGCGGGACUGGUCGCGGUUGAGUACGAUGACGUUACUCGCCAGCUGCUCAUCACACCGAAACGGGUCGGAGAAGUGAAGCUGGAAAUUACCGAUCAAUGUUUGAGCACGGAAUCGAGCUAUCUGUAUAUCUCGGUGGUCACGAUCGGCAGCAUCACGUUGCACGCACCGGAUCGUGUCGAGAAAACCAAAACCAUCGAAGCAAUUGCCCGAAUCUACGACAGCAAUGAUCGAUUGUUGCUGUUGGAAGCUGCCAAUUUGGAAAUCUACGAACUUGGCCAGACGGUGUACAAUCCGAACGUGCUGAGUAUGGCACUGGGAAGUCAGGCUGGGUUGGGUGCCGGAGAAGUUCGGUUUUUGGUGACUGGAAUGGAACUGGGCGAAACGAAAAUUGUUGCCAGCUCUGGAAUUGGCGAGAGGCAAAUCUCCAGUUCACCGGUGGCAGUUCAGGUUUUCCCACCGCUCACGUUAUACCCACGCAACGCCACCAUCAUCGUGGGCAGUACGCUGCAAAUUUAUUCCAAGGGUGGUCCCUCGCCGGACGGCAACCUGGUGUACGGCAUUCAACAUCAGGACAUCAUUUCCAUCGAGUCGGGUUUGGUGUCCGGUUUGAAGGUAGGCCACUCCAAAGUGGUCGGCCGGUGCGUGACGAUCAAUCCCUCAACGGGAGCGCAAAUCGUCCUGUCGGAGGAUGUUGUUCACGUUCACGUUAUCCCGCUGGAUGCCAUCGAGAUCAAGGUGCCGUUGAAUCGGGUUCGGACCGGUGCCAUCAUACCGGCACAUGUUUGGGGAGUACCGGGCAUUUCUCCGUUAAUACUGGGAACGUUGGAAUCGGUUAAGAUUUACUGGAGUACGAAUCACGAAGAUGUGCUGGAUGUGAAAGGGGUCUUCCACGGCGCUGGAAUUGAGUAUCGUGAGAAAGAUGCAAUUGGGGUUCGAGUGAAAGCGCUGGCUCCGGGAAAAGCUAUUCUGCAUGUGACACUAGUUACUGCCACAGGAUUGAAACUUGCGGCUCGCAGUGAAAUUACGGUUUUCCGACUGUUGGAACUUGAAUCACCAAAGACGAUUCGGUAUGAUUCGAUUUUAAUUCCACCGAGAACAAACAUUCAGUUGAAGGCAAACUUGGAGGAUGCCGUUUAUCAGCUGGAAGAAGGAAGUAGUUCCGUUGUUAAAGUGUCCAAAGAAGGACUAGUCAAGAGUGGCGAUGCUGUGGGACGUGUUCAGGUUGCGGUCACUUCAAUGGAUCAGUCCCUGACUAUUCCGAUCGAAGUCAAAAACAUUCACUACAUUCUGACUUCACUGGCCGUUUCGAAUGUAAAACUGAAGAAACCGGAUGAUCUUAUUCCACAAGGGAUAAAUCUACGGCUGAAAGUAUCGUUGCACGACAACCUAGGCAAUGAAUUCUCUCACGGAUUUGAAGAUGUAACAGCACUGAAGCACAAACUUUCGAAGAAAGGAAAUGUUCUGAUCACAACUGGAACCAACUUUUCAAUCACAUUGGAUCUGAUUCGGGAGACCUCUGACAUGCUGCUGAUAUCAUUGAAGGACAAAACCGGAGUGAAAUUUGGAGACGAUUACUUGAAGCUGGUGGUCGGAGAAGCAACCGCACUGUUUCCGGAGCAGACCGUUUUUUCAGUAGGCGAUAUUGUUUGCUUCGAAUCUCCGCUGCUGGGAUCGAUUGCAAGUUGGCACAGUUCUGACAAUAGUUUAGUUCAAAUCGAUUCUUCCAGUGGAGUGGCACGAAUCGUCAGUGCCAACCGGGCAGGUGAAAGAAAAAUCUAUGUCAGCCAUGUGGAUCAACAGUCCGGAGGCCUUCGCAUUGGUAUUGACGUUUUGGAAGCCGAUCGAAUUGAAUUCUUCAAAUCCUACGAUAUUUUCAAUGGACAUCAGUACCGAGCUCAUUUGGUUAUAAAAAAUCAUCAGCAGGUCGAUAAGUUUGUCAACGUGAUAGCUCAGAACGUUUCUGUUUGUGCGGAACGUAUCGAACGAUCAUUCUCCAACCUCUUCACCUGUAAGCUGACUGCCAAGCAAAAUCCCUCUUCAGGAAUCCUAAAGCAUUUUAAAACCUUGCCCAGUUUCGAUCCCACAAUUGGAGCCUAUGCUUGUGACAUCAAUCUGGUGACCAGUAUUGAAGAAGUAACGGCCUUGGUGAAAAGCAACGAAGUAAAUAUCGAACUGGAAGUUCGCCUGCAAGGCAGUACGCUUUCUGACAUAUCAACCUUGAAAAUCGUACCGGCAGUCAUUGUGGAACCGGAAGCGAUCUCGAUCGAACAAAUUGGCUCACAGCUUCUAACGGUGAGUGGAAUGGAAAAAAUCCUGCAAAAACUGGAAGUGGCAUCGUCAAACCCUUCCAUGCUGGAGGUGACGAUGGUUCAAAAAGGACCCGCAUCCGUUCAGUACAAACUCCGUCUGCUCAGUUCCUAUUCGUUGGAGUCCGGCGAUGAGCUGUUCGUUAGUGUAAACUCACCGCUCACGAUGCAGAAAAUUAAGAUUCCUAUUCAGUCUCCGUUAGUCAUGCGGAAAUGUGCUAGUCAACCAUUGUACAACGUUCCAAAUCUGUUCCUAAGUUAUGUCAGCAAUUUUGGACUGCUGAUUUCGGCUCUGAUUGUGCUAGCCGCCACAGUCUGGGUGUUCGUGUUUUGCUUCCCACAGCGACAGAAAACGGUCGAGCCUUUUGCAGGUCGAGUUUGGGCACCAAAUAUCAGUGAUAUAUCAGCGAACAACGGCGCCGCUCGAACGAUGAAUCCAUUUUCCAGUCCAAACCAGCAGCCCUCUCAGACGUCACCGUAUGUUCGUCCGGGCAAUCUAAGCUACAAUACGACGCCGCUAUCCACGUCGGAUUUCAACAGCAGUGCCAGUGGCAGUCUGCCGGGUUCACCGAUCUACGGUGACAGCACACUUCUAUCGCCUCAAAAACGCAUCCAUCGACGGGCGCUGUAGAAUUUUGGUUGGGCCACCGGAUUCCUUCCCGCUCAAUCACCUAGUCUCUAGACUGUAGGAGAUUGCCAGAGUAAGUAUGUGCGAGUGUGUGCGCGCGGUUGGUUUAUUUAUAAAUGAUAUGACGCCAAGUUGAGAUACUUAAUCGAUAUUAACAUUUUUUAUGAUGGAGUUGAGGAAAUUAGUGUGCGAUCUGAAGAGUAAGCCAGAAUAACUAACAGAACAAAGUAGUUCUAGAAAUUCUGACUAAAAGAAAACACUAUUCACCAGGCUCGAUUUAGUAAAUAAAAAUAUUCUUGUAGGUUUGUC